AUGCUAAAAGUCCUAAUUCCCACCCUAAUGCUAGCCCCAACCAUUUGGCUUUCAAAACCCAAAUGACUCUGACCAACUACCUUAGCCCAUAGCUUUUUAAUUGCACUUAUUAGCCUAACUUGACUCCAAAACCUCUCGGAAAGUAGCUGAGCCUCAUUAAGCCCUAUUAUAGCAACCGAUUCUAUCUCGACCCCCUUGCUUGUUCUAUCCUGCUGACUCCUUCCUCUCAUAAUUUUAGCCAGUCAAAACCAUAUAGCCAAAGACCCCUCUAACUUUCAACGAGCCUACAUCAGCCUCCUCACUUCCCUUCAGUUCUUUCUUAUUUUAGCAUUUGGUGCAACCGAACUAAUUAUGUUCUAUGUAAUAUUUGAGGCUACCCUUAUCCCGACCUUAAUUAUUAUUACUCGCUGAGGAAACCAGGCAGAACGCCUAAACGCGGGAACCUACUUUUUAUUUUAUACCCUUGCAGGCUCCCUCCCACUACUCAUUGCCCUACUAUCCUUACAAGGCUGAACAGGAACAAUGUCCCUCCUAACCCUCCCUUUUUCAGACCUUGCUCCAUUAACCCCCUACACAAGCAUACUUUGAUGAGCAGCCUGCCUUCUUGCCUUCCUAGUAAAAAUACCAUUAUACGGCGUCCACCUCUGACUCCCAAAAGCCCAUGUAGAAGCCCCCGUGGCCGGGUCCAUGGUACUUGCCGCAGUUCUUCUAAAACUCGGAGGAUACGGAAUGAUACGCAUCAUAAUUAUACUGGAACCCCUCACCAAACAACUUUGCUACCCCUUCAUUAUUCUCGCCAUAUGGGGGAUCAUCAUAACUGGCUCUAUUUGUCUCCGACAAACAGAUCUCAAAUCUCUUAUUGCCUAUUCUUCAGUAAGCCAUAUGGGUCUUGUAGCCGGGGGCAUUUUAAUUCAAACCCCCUGAGGAUUUACAGGAGCCCUCAUCCUCAUAAUUGCCCACGGAUUAACCUCAUCCGCACUCUUUUGCCUUGCAAACACCAACUAUGAACGAACCCACAGCCGAACUAUAGUACUAGCCCGAGGCCUACAAGUGAUUCUUCCCCUGAUAGCAGCUUGAUGGUUCAUUGCCAGCCUGGCAAAUUUAGCCCUUCCUCCUCUCCCCAACCUUAUAGGGGAAUUAACAAUCAUUACCUCACUAUUCAACUGGUCUUGAUGAACCCUUAUUCUGACAGGUGCAGGGACCCUAAUUACAGCCGGCUAUUCCCUGUCCAUGUUCCUCACCACCCAACGAGGACCCCUCCCCCCACAUAUCCUGGCAUUAGAACCCUCCCACACCCGAGAACACCUUCUCAUCGCACUUCACCUACUCCCCCUCCUUCUCCUGAUUCUGAAACCUGAACUGAUUUGGGGGUGAACGGCCU